UUGUUUUCUUAUUUUGCGACACCUCCACCCUUCAUCCACAUCCUGCGUAGCAACCGUUUUACGCAGCCGUAUACUAUCAAUCGCAACAAAAAUUGUUAUUUGAUUUUUUUCUGAAUUUUUUAUCCUGUUAAAGAAUAAUUCCGUGCGAAACCGUUUGAGGCGAACCGGGCUGGUUGAUGUGGAGACGCGGGUGACAACUCUUGUUUACCUGGUUUCCUAGUUCUCCUACUUUCAUCGCAACGACGACCGACUUGGACUUGAUGACCUUUACGCCGACAAAGCCCUGAACAACCAAACGAAUUCGCAGAACAAAUUACGUUACAGGUUGACUUCUAUUCGAAUUUGCGAGUCCACUUUUUUUCACACAAUCAAAAUGCAUACACCACGAGCGACAACGCCAGAGCAAUCUCAUCAAGAGAUCAAAACUCCAGACACACCACGCUGGGGAUUUGCCGACCCUUGGGAACCAUUUGGUGUUCGACGAUCUACUCGCAUUCAAUCCCAAUCAACAUCAUCAACAACAACAACGAUAGAUCGAAAGACAAAUCGCACUCCGUCGCCCGUAAAUUCGAGGUCCGCUCCUGCUCCUCGGUCACCUCGCUUUACUGUCACUCGGGCAUCACCACAGAAACGACCUGCAAUGGACCUUAACGAGUUGCCCGCAUCACCCACUAAGAAGCACGCAUCAUUGAAGCGCGACGGCCCUUCUUCUAGCAUGCUUUCUGGCGACGCAGGUUCUUCGUCCCUUUUGGGCCCUCUCAACGCUCAGAAAAAGGCACCGCAGAUGGUCUUUGGCCGCACCGACAUUUCCGAACAGACUGGAAUGCUGCCUACUCCGAGCAAAACGCCCAGUCGCAAACACUCCAAACAACUGCAGGCCGACAUCAACGCUGUCUCGCGCAAUCUUUUCAACGACGAUGACAUCAUGCCUCAACCCAAGACCAAGCGCCCGACUAAGUACUCUGGCAUUUCCAUGGGAAGCUUCACUGCGGUAGAGUCUGAAGAUCCGAUCGAUAUCUUCACCGACUCUCAUGAUAGGAUACCUGUAGUCGACGAUGACGCAGAGAAUCCCUUCAUCGAUGGUCCAUCUCAUGGUCGGUCGCAGAGGCUUGCUGCGCGCCAGCGUCGGAAUGAGGACUUGGUGGCCAGGACAAGUGAUGCCCAAGUUCACCUUGCCGAAGGCGGCGUGAUUUCGUUGAAGGAGGCUCGUGAGCGUUCAGAGGAAGGCUUCAUUCAAGUUUUUCGAGGCAAGCGCAUCUUCCACCAGGAUGCUCGCGGCAAGAAGCUCAAGGGGAGGCUUCUUUUUGCUUCAGCCUCAGCUGCAAAGCCCAAGUCUUCCUCGAUCGUCGACGAAGACGAAGAGGCAGAGACCGACAUUGAGGAUCACAUCGAUAGUCAAGUGGAGAACAACCUUGAUAUUGAUGAUGAGAUUUCAGCAGAGCAGUCAUCCAGCACUAUCAUCAGCAACGAGGGAGGCCUCGCAACGCCGAAAGUCAAGGUUGACAAGAAGGUGACCACGCCAAUCGCCCCAGGUGCACCUCAUUCGCCUCCGGCGACCGGUCGUCUCCUACGUUCCUCGCGUAGGAGCACAGAAGAGACACCGGUGCACAAGCCACGCAAACCGAGUAGCCCGUUUGACGGCUGGGCGCGCGUUAAGGGCAGUAUUGAUACCCGCGGCACUUCAUCGAAACGGCCCGCCACUCCUACGUCGCCGCGCGUCGAUGCGAAGCGACCACGAUGCUAAACUAUCCAAGACCUACUUUCUUGUAGCCAAAAACCAGGUGCACAAAGUGUAUCAGGGAAAGCUUUUCUGAUCAAGUCCCGUACCCAAAUAACUUGAGGUUUUUUUUUUUUUUUUUACUGGUUUCUUCUUUAUUUUCCGCUUUGUUUCUUCUCUGCACUG